UAUACAUACAGCGUUUAUGUACGUAUAUGUGUGUUUAUAUAUAUAUGUAUGUGUAUGUGUGUGAUUGCACACAUGCCAUCAUACUUAAUCAAUGAAUUUGAUAGGUGACGAAAUUGUAUGGACUACAUAAUCUAAUUUUCCCCCAAAAACCUAGUUUCGUUGCUUUCAUCUUCUACUCAAAUCCCUUCACCACUCUCAGCUGCAACUCAAAGCUGCUUCUGGCUCAAAAUCAAAUUUGUGCCUCAACUCGUAAGGUUUGAAGUUCGUAUUAGCGUUUUGUAAGAGUCAGUCAAAAGCCUAAACUUUCCUGAGAGAGCCCGUCAGUCAUGGAUCAGCAAGGAAAUGGUCAGGCUCCAGGUAUGGGAAGCUCAGCUCAGAUGCCGUAUAGUGUGAACCCGUAUCAAGCUAACCAAAUGACAGGAGGGUCUUCCCCUGCUGCUUCGUCUCAAUCUCCCCGAGCUGCCGGUCUCUCUGCAUCUCCGGCUCAGAUGGCGCAACACCAACUCGCAUAUCAGCACAUACAGCAGCAGCAGCAGCAGCAAUUGCAGCAACAACUCCAGAACUUCUGGGCCACCCAAUACGAAGAAAUCGAUCAGGCGACAGAUUUUAAGAACCAUAGCCUGCCGUUAGCCAGGAUAAAAAAGAUAAUGAAAGCAGAUGAAGAUGUUAGGAUGAUCUCAGCAGAAGCACCCGUUAUCUUUGCGCGAGCCUGUGAAAUGUUCAUUCUCGAGCUAACUUUACGAGCGUGGAAUCACACUGAGGAGAACAAAAGGAGGACGCUCCAGAAGAACGACAUCGCAGCUGCGAUAACAAGGACGGACAUAUUCGAUUUCUUGGUUGAUAUUGUACCCAGGGAGGAUCUGAAAGAUGAGGUGCUCGCGUCAAUGCCCCGAGGAGCUCUUCCCGUUGGAGCUCCUACUGAGGGGCUUCCUUACUAUUACAUGCCGCAACAAUCUGCUCCGCCUGUUGGAGCUCCCGGGAUGUACGUGGGCAAGCCUGUGGAUCCAGGCAUGUAUGGUCAACAGUCGCGCCCGUAUAUGGCUCAGCAAAUGUGGCCGCAGCAGCCACCACCACCGCCGGAUUCUUAAGCAGGUUAGACACUCUGGGAUCUGAUAUCAGCCUUUGCCUCAGCUAUAUCAACUGUAUUUAACUGCUUUCUGUUAUUUGCAAAAACUUAUGUGCAUCCGGAUGUACGGUGCAUCCACCUUAAUUAAAUCCAAUUAGUAGGGUUCAUCAACCCCGAUUUAGGAUUUAAUUAGGGCAAAUGAACCGUCCAUCCGGAUGUACUGGCGGGGGUGGGUGCCUCUUCAUUAUUUUAGGUGUUUGAUAUUUUGCUCUCUUUUCUAGUUUUUGUUGCUGACUUGUUGUUUUGGCAUAUAUGAGUAUAUCUUAUGCUAACUUUUGCAAUUUCGACGCGACUAAAUUGUUUUUCUGGUGCAAUGAAAUAUGAUCCUUUUGUGCUUAUAUAAGUAUCAUGAAAACUUAGUGUAAGACGAUGUGACGGGUCAAAAUUGGUGAGACGGUGCCCAUAUCUGAAUCCAAACUCAUCGAGUGGCAUAUUUGUAGCAUCAUUGGUGUUUGAUAGGGUUUGGAGAUCUCGACCUGUCACGUGGUCUAACACAAGACUCCAUCAUAUAUAGUACUACAUCCGUUCACCAAGAGUAUACAACUUUUGGUGGACACAGGUUUUAAGAAAAUAAUUUGUAGAUGUGUGUGAAGUAGAAAUUAGUGAUUGUGGUUGAAUUGAUUGUGAGACCAUAUAUUAUUGAAAGUGGGGUUAUGUCUAGAAAAGAAAAGUAGUAUACUCUUUGUGGACGUCAAAUCUGAGUAAUUGUUGUAUAUACUCUUGGUGGACGGAGAUAGUAUAUAUUAUGAUGAGAUUUUGUUUCGAUUAGUUGCGAGUACAUUGCGAAAGAAGACCUAAUGAAAGUUGCAUUUGCAGAAGUUAUGGGGGAUGGAGCUUGAGCUAGGGGAAUAUGUGAAGAUCCCAGCAUAGCUAUAUGGAAUUCCUGUCUUAGUGUAAUGCAACCAACCGUAGAUUGAAUCACAGUACUCUUUCAUUUUGAAGUUUUUGCUUUUGCAAUGUACAACUUAAUCAACUCGAGAUGAUCGACUCUAAACUUUGUGAUUUUCAUUAAUAUGCAUGAUAUAAUUGAAACUUAUUGCAAA